GCCUCCUCACCUGUCUACAGGAAGCCCACAGGAACUUCAAACAGUUUAAAAGAUUUGUUUGUACCUAGCCGAAGCGUGGCAAGUUUACAAGAGGCUUUAACUGUUUUAUUACUAUUUAUAUUCGGAGGAGUCAUCCUGAAGUGACGAAGAGAGACGUUUACAGCGCCAAAGAAGACGUUUACAGGUACAGCCAGCUAGCUCAGAAGCCAGGCAUGGAGGAGUUAACGAUAUGGGAGCAGCAUACAAUAACACUGAGCAAAGAUCCCAAGCUGGGGUUUGGCUUUGCCAUAUCUGGAGGCCGGGACAAACCUCACCCAGACUCUGGGGAUACAGCUAUAGUGGUGUCCGAUGUGCUGCCAAAUGGUCCGGCCAUGGGACGGCUGUUCACCAAAGACCACAUUGUCAUGGUCAAUGGAGAGUCUAUGGAGAACGUCCACUCUAACUUCACCAUUCAGAGCCUUAAAUCAUGUGGCAAGAUGGCCAACAUAACAGUGAAACGUCCUCGUAAGAUCCAGAUCCCAGUCACAAACAAGCCGUCCCGAGCCGCCUCCCACUCCAACCUGUUGGACCAGGACCCUCCAAGCCGACGGCCGCGACGCUACUCUGAUGGCAGUGACAAAGGCAGAGAUGCCAACCGUUACCAUUCCCGCGGCCGCAGCUCCACUCCCGACCGUAACGGGCACAGCAACACACUGCCACUGAUGUCCUCAGGAUACAAGAGGCUGCCUCAGCAGAACGUCGCUGACAAACCCAUCAGAACCACUCUAGUUAAGAAGAAACUCACAGAUGAGUAUGGGUUGAAACUAGGUAGUCAGAUCUUUAUCAAGCACAUGACAGAAACAGGCCUCGCUGCUAAGGAAGGCACUCUGCAGGAAGGAGACCUAAUUCUCAAGAUUAACGGCAUGACAACAGAGAACCUGUCCCUGCUGGAGACCAAGCACCUGGUGGAGAAAAGCAGAGGCAAACUGACCAUGAUGGUCCUCAGAGAUGACCGCAAGUUCCUGGUCAGCAUCCCUGAGGUGGAGGACAGCGCCCCCAACAGUGAGGACGACCGUCGCCACGACAGUAGCUCCGAACUGGAGGACAUUUCAGACCUCGACACAGACAUUCCCUCUCCCAGAGACAGAAUGUCCCGUCCCACCAACAGAGAACGACGGACACGGAGAACCAGAGCUGAGCCUCCUCCAGCCAAGUCCCGUGAUUCGUCCCCCGUGCGCUCCACCUUGACACGGCCUCCUGCCAGGGCCUACCCCUCUCGCCGAGCUCCCUCAGACUCUGAGUCAGACCGCAGUGCCUCCCCUCCUCCUGCCAGGAGAGACAGAGACAGUCCUGACUUGAGGGACCAGUCUAAUAAAUACAGAACUCUGUCAGGGGUGUCCACCCUACCCAACCCGCGAGCCUCCCCUGUACAUCAUAACUGGAACGCCCCUCGCCCGACUUCCUCUGCCUCACGGCCCCGCAGGCCAGUGUCAGAGUCAGAUUCAGACCGCAACAGUCCCCCCCCACCACGGAGAGAGAGUCCCCGCCCAGACAGAUACAAAGUUCUUCCUGACCUGCCUGUCUCAGGAAUGAGAGCCUCCCCCAUCCCUGUUCGCCAGCCGUCCCCACGGAGGAUCAACUCUCCUGUCAGAGUCCCACCCCCAGACUCUGAGUCCGAGUCGGACGGUAGCUCCGGCCCUCCCCCGAGGCAGGGCAACCCCUACAACCAGGACUCCCUCAGUAGAUACAGAGUCCUCCCAGAUUUAUCCCAGCCGCCCCAGGUGGAGCCGCCACGUUGGAGCACCCCCAGUGUCACUGCCAGCAACCCACCACAGAGAGCUCCCUCAGAAUCUGAGUCAGAGGCCAGCUACGCAUCUGUCCCUCGCAGGGACUCGACAGACAGCGGAAACUCCAAGUCCAACAAGCCUAAGGGCCGAUACAGGGUCCUUUCUGAGACAGGCUCCUUUUCAGCUUCUGUGAAACAGGAGCCUCCUCGUCGAGCUGCAACGCCUCAGAGACCACCUCCUGAUGAUUCCUCAGAGUCAGACCAACUUGCACAUCUGAGGAGGUCAGGGAGCUCCGAGCGGGAGAGCAACCACAAUGCUCCCCGUGCAGCUAAUGGAACCGGUACACUUAGGUCUGGGAUUUCAGUGAAGAGUAACCUACCAGUCUACUCCAAGCCAACAGAAGAGCCUAUCUACUCCCUACCUCCAGAUUCCUACCCCGCACCUAAUCCAGGGUACAGCUCAGAUCUGAACACAGUGUCAUUUGUGAAGGAGGGCAGCGUGGGCCUGAGGCUUGUUGGGGGCAACGAUGUCGGGAUCUUUGUAGGGGGGGUCCAGCCCAAAAGUCCUGCAUAUGAACAGGGCAUGAAAGAGGGAGACCAGAUCAUGAAGGUUAAUAAAGUAGACUUUGGUCAUUUCACACGAGAAGAGGCUGCAAAUUUCCUCCUCAACAUUAAGAGAGGAGAGCAGGUGGAAAUCUGCACACAGAACAAGAUAGACCUUUACAAAAAAAUCCUCAAGUCAAACCUGGGAGACAACUUCUACAUUCGGACUCACUUUGACCACGAGGCAGACGGCCCCAUCGGCCUGAGCUUCACCAGAGGAGAAGUGUUCAGGGUGGUGGACACCAUGCACCGCGGCAAGCUCGGCAACUGGCUGGCCAUCCGCAUGGGAAACGAUCUGCACGAGCUGGAUAAAGGCACCAUCCCCAACCAGGCCAGAGCGGACAACCUGGCCAGCAUGGAGCAGGCGCAGAGGGCCAGCGGAGAGAAGCAGGUGUCGGGACCCAGAGCCGAGUUCUGGAAACUACGGGGGCUCAGAGGGGGCAAAAAGAACGUCCGUCGGACUCGUGACGACCUCCUGCAGCUCACCAUUCAGGGCAAAUUCCCCGCCUAUGAAAAGGUUUUGCUGAGAGAAGCUAAUUUCAAACGGCCAAUAGUCAUCCUGGGUCCUCUUAAUGACAUCGCCAUGGACAAGCUGGUCAGAGAGAUGCCUGAUGAAUAUGAAAUAGCAGCGAUGGUGCCCCGCAGCGGAGGGGGCGACAGCGGCUCCACAGUCAUCAAACUGGACACAGUGAGGAAGAUCGCAGAGAAGGACAAGCACCCCCUGCUGGACAUUACUCCUACUGCAGUGGAAAGACUGAACUACAUCCAGUAUCACCCGAUGGUGCUGUUCCUGGACCCUCACAGCCGCAAGGAUGUGAAAGCCAUGAGACAGAGGUACAGCCCCAACUCCAACAAGAGCUCCAGACGCCUUUACGCCCAGGCCCUCAAGAUGAGGAAACACUGCAGCCACCUGUUCUCAGCUCGUGUUGACCUGCAGCCCAGCUCCAAUGUUUGGUAUGAGAUUCUUAAAGACAAGAUUCGCCACCAACAGGCCAAACCAGUCUGGGUGUCUGAGGUCACGUUGGAGAGUGGUGGAGAACAGGACCUUGAUGCAUUGGACCGAACCCACUCCGACUAUCUCAGUGCUGCCAGUGACCUGGAGGACACCGAUGGCGAGGCCUUCACCGACGGAGAGGCCUACACUGACAACGAGGACCUGGACGAGGCUUUCCCCAGCCGGGACGUGGCCCGCCCCCAGCACAGCUCCAUGGCUUCUCGAUCUGCUCUAGCCCGAUCCUCUGAGCCCGCCUCAGGGCGCUACAGCCCUGACAUGGACGAAGAGCCCCAGCCUGAAUCUUACACACUCAGGGAAGUCCCACCCUUAAUGCACGUACCUGAGCCCAAGUCAUCCCGCCAUGGGAAUUACAGCCCCCCUCAUAGUGCUGCUGAAGCGGAGGAGGUUUCCUCAUACCAGAGUUUCUCCGAUACUAGAGAACCUGCUGCGGCAGAGGAGGCUCCUGUGUAUCGGAGUUUCUCAGACUCAGAUUUCAGUAACACUGAUCUGGUUGCCCCCACCACUCCGUCAGACGGACCCCCCGAUUUUGUAGCCCCUGACCCUUCUACUCUGAACUCUGUGUCUGAACCUCCACUUGCUGAAGCUCAGCUGGAGAGCCCGCAACCUGAGAACCCACAACCUGCGAGGCUGUCUGCUAUUGAAGAGAAACUACAGCAGGCUCGGCUGGCUGAGCCUCAGGCAGCGGCAGAGGAAAAGAAGGCUUCCCCUCAGUUCAUUGUGCUGGCACAUCACCAAGCAGUUCAAUACAGACGCACGCAGAUUCGAGGCAGCGAUAGCUCCGAGGAAGAGGACGAGACUGACGACAUUGAAUGGGGCCCGGCCACAGAGCUCUAGACACCCCCCUCGCUCUCUCUGAUCCAGGGUUAAAACUGGAGUUAACCCACCUGAGAGGGACACACUCACCAUUUCACUCCCCACUCCUCUGAAGCAAUAUGAAACUCUUUCUGUGAUUAUCUUUUAUAUUUUUUUUUGCAGAACAAAAGUUUUAGCCCACAGCCACUUUGGGCUGUGGGCUAUUACUAGCAGUCAUAUUUACAGUUUAGAUGGUGUGUUUAUAGUGAUCACCACAGUGACCAUGCCAUUUUGCUGUAGCCUGGCAUACCCUGAGGUUUUUAGACAAAUGCUAAUUUUGAAAUGACUCCUGAUUUUUUUUUUCCAGGUUUUUUUUAUUUAAAUAACCCACUGUAAAACAAUGCUGUUGCUUUGACCUUGACCUGUUAUUGCUACUGUAUGUAACAUUUUAACAAAUUCUAGUUUUAUCUGAAAUACUACAAGAUCAAUGUUGCCAUUGAUUUUUUUUUUUUAUUGUCAUCUUAAUAUAAUCUGUGCAAGGAUUUACAUUAAAUAUAUUGCAUAUGCA